AUGAACUUAAAAUCCAGUCGCAGUCAUGCCAUUCUUACUCUAUGUUUUUUGUUGCGGCCAAAGAUAACAGAGAUGAAUGGGGAGAAUACAGAAGAUACAUUAACAGCUAAAUUACAUUUAGUCGACCUAGCUGGGUCUGAACGAAUUAAGAAAACACAUGCUGAAGGUGACCGACUUAAAGAAGGUAUCGAUAUAAAUAGAGGAUUGCUUGCCCUUGGUAAUGUAAUAAGUGCUUUAUGCGAACGGGACGAAAAGGAACGAUCGCAUAUUCCAUAUAGCGAUUCACGUUUAACUCGCCUACUUCAAGAUUCGUUGGGCGGGAAUAGUACCACAUUAAUGCUUGCUUGUGUUAGUCCUGCAGAUAUAAAUAUGGAAGAGACAUUGAACACACUUCGAUAUUCAGAUCGAGCACGUUUAAUUAAAAAUAAACCAAUUUUAAAUCGUGCUGAUCCUAAAGAUGCUGAACUUGCUAAACUGCGUGUUUUGGUUGCUCAAUUACAAGCACGAUUAGCUAACAAUUCCUCUUGUUUUCCAUUACUCAGUCCUUGUCCGAAAACAAUUAUUAAACCAUUAUCUACUACUACUACUACUACUACGAUUAAUAAUAAUUCUACUAACAGUCAUUUUUCUUCAGAAUUAGUUACAAAUCUCAUGAAUAAAAAUAAAAAGUUAGAGAGUGAGAAGCUUCUGCUUUGUGCAGAAUUAGAUCAUAUUGUCGAACAAAUGAAUGAAUUAUACAAAAAUCGUUUCGAUACUGAUCAUUUACAUGAUACAGUAAUUUCUGAACUCCAAAAAAUCGAAUCAAUUCUCAACUCCUUAAAUCAAUUUGUUAGAGAUAAAUUCAAUGAAUAUCCUGAACUGAUUAGUUAUAUUCAAGAAUUGGAAGAUAUCCUAACUGGAUUGAUAAAACUUUAUAAUGAGUCGAAUAAAGUGACAAAACUUCAAGAACAUGAUCGCCGGCUUCAAUGUGAAAUGUCUCGUAUGGUUUCAGUGCACGAACGGCAACAAGCUGUAUUAAAGCGCCGUAUUGAAGCUGCUGCGGCUGCUGAACGUCGACUUAAAGAAUUGUUAUUACGUCAAAAGGCUAUUAGAAAUGAACGUGAUAAAUGUGUAUCUGAAGGGAACAAUGCUAAAAAAUUCGAUUUGGCUGCACGAGUUCGUGCUUGGGUCAAAACAGAUUUAGAAAUCCAAAUCAGUAUGGAUGCUGUUAGAUAUCAUUUGAGUCAUUUUAUGGAUUCACGUAAAACACUUUGUGAUCGUUUACGCACGACUGAAGCCAAAAUGGAAAGUUGCCGAGAAGACGGUCAACCUUAUGAUAUGUAUAUUGAAGAAAUGAACAGUCUAACUGAAUGGAUUCAAUGUCAAACACAACAAAUUAGCGACUUACAACAAAAACUUAUGGAUGCUGGUGAAAUAUCGUUGACAGAUGCCUCCGGUUCACCUCAUUCGACUGCUCAAAUACUCUCAUCUCGUUUAUCCCAACUACACAGCAUCCAAGAGGCACGAAUAGCUUUGAAAUAUCUAUUCAGACAAAGGUACAUAUUCUUCGAGUCUUCUUAAAGAGGCACUUAACUAGACCUCUCUUGUAUUGCAAUGGACAGAAACUAUGGAAAUUUAGGGGUGAUCUUAUCCGCAACGCAACCAUGUAAACUUAGUGUAUCGCACACUGUCAUUUGUGCGUUCAAGUAACCACAGAUUUUGUCAUUUCAUAAUGUAUGUUUAAUUAAAUAACUAGAUUAUGAAGUUAAUUUUUCUCUGUUUUUAAUUUUUAUUCGCCACGUCUGACUGCGUUACACUGUACGUCCAUUGCACGCUGGGAUGAUAUCCCAAGUCAUAGUGAGUUUAUUCACAUAGUUGAUUGUUUCCAGAUAGACUGUCAGUGCAUGAUUUUAGUGAAGAAAGGUUUGUUGUACUGUAAACUAUGUUUCUAUGAUCAACUCCCUGUUGUCUUCAGUAUGAAUUCAUACUGAAUACUGCUUUAAAGCAGUAUAUAUGUAUCCUUCUUUUUUUCUUAGAAUGCAACAGGAGUGAGUCUUCACAGAUCAUAAAAACUGUUUCGCCCUUAGAACUAUGGCCCUAUGGAACUGUUUACGGGCGACCCAACAAACAGCAGAUUAUAAAAAGGAUGCUGGACGUCCAUUUUAGUCUCACAACCACUUCCAGUAUUUUUUGACUUCUUUUACUCUUUCGUUUGGAAAAAUACAACAAAAACUGCAGCUUAACAUUACCAAUACAACUUUUAAACGGGAACUUGGUUUAAACCUUUGUUUGAUAUUCGAUUCCUAAUGAAAGUUCUUGAAUAAAUUUUUGAAUCUAA